CACCAAAUCGCAGCUCUGUCCUUCGUUCAAGCUCUCAAGGCCGGCAGCAUCGCAAAGCAGGACUCCCAACACAGCAGCCCAGGGGUUUAUCCAGCCACCGACAGCAUCUCCGUGAUCUAUAUCGCCGCCUAGUUCGUCCACAACCCGUCCACCUGCCUCCGCCGAUUGCACAGCCGUGCGGCGACCGGCACCAUGGGUAUCAAGCAGCUCUUCCAGAUCAUAAAGGAUGAGGCGCCCGAGGCAAUCAAGGAGGGCGACAUCAAGAACCAAUUUGGCCGCAAGGUCGCUAUUGAUGCGUCCAUGAGCAUCUACAGCUUCCUCAUCGCGGUCCGGUCCGACGGCCAGCAGCUCAUGAACGAUAGCGGCGAGACGACGUCACAUCUGAUGGGCAUGUUCUACCGCACGCUGCGCAUGGUGGACAACGGUAUCAAGCCGCUCUACGUGUUUGACGGGGCGCCGCCCAAGCUCAAGUCGGGCGAGCUGGCGAAGCGGUUCCAGCGCAAGCAGGAGGCCACCGAGGGUCUCGAAGAGGCCAAGGAGACGGGCACGGCUGAGGACGUGGAAAAGUUCUCGCGACGCACAGUGCGGGUGACGCGCGAACACAACGCCGAGUGCCAGCGGCUCCUCAAGCUCAUGGGCGUGCCCUACAUCGUGGCGCCGACAGAGGCAGAGGCGCAGUGCGCGGUGCUGGCCCAGGCCGGCAAGGUGUAUGCGGCAGCCAGCGAGGACAUGGACACGCUGUGCUUCAACUCGCCCAUUCUGCUGCGCCACCUGACGUUCAGCGAACAGCGCAAGGAGCCGAUCCAGGAGAUUCGGCUGGACAAGGUCCUCGAGGGCCUCAACAUGGAGCGCAAGCAGUUUGUGGACCUCUGCAUCCUGCUCGGUUGCGACUAUCUCGACCCCAUCCCUAAGAUUGGCCCGACGACGGCGCUCAAGCUGAUACGCGAGCACGGCACGCUCGAGAAGGUGGUUGAGGCCAUCGAGAAGGACCCGAAGAAGAAGUUUGUGGUGCCGGACGACUGGCCGUACAAGGACGCGCGGGACCUCUUCUUCGAGCCCGACGUGCGCGGGGCGGACGACCCGCUGUGCGACUUCAAGUGGGACAAACCCGACAUUGAGGGCCUGGUGACGUUCCUGGUGACGGAGAAGGGCUUCUCAGAGGAUCGGGUAAGGAGUGGUGGUGCGCGGCUGGAGAAGCAGCUCAAGAGCUCACAGCAGGCGCGGCUUGAGGGUUUCUUCAAGCCGGUGCCCAAGUCGGAAGCAGAGAAGGCGGCGCACAAGCGCAAGCUGGAGGAAAAGAACGAGGAGAAGAAAAAGAAGCUCAAGCAGGACAAGAAGGAAAAAGCGGCGGCUAAGGCGAAGCCACGGGCGGGCGGGGCAUAAUGGCGGGCGCCUAUUCGGCAACGGUGCACGUUGAUGGAUGGUGAUGAGCGUCACAUGGGGAACGGCCCGUUGCGAUGGACUGCGAUGAAAGUUGCUACAGACCUACCUGUAGUAGAGUAUGCCUCUGGCUUGGCUGCACGGGCGUUUUGGCGCAUGGCUACGGUUGGCAUCGUUUUGCACCUUGUCACUUGGUGGAGGAAUCUGGAAGAGGGCAUAAUCCUCGAUGAGUCGGUAGAUAGGCGGUCAAUGAGACUGGUCCCUG